AUGCGGACGUCUCUUCUGGUGGCUGCUUCAGCCGGCACGAUCGUGACCGGACUGCUCGCCUAUGCCGUGUACUUUGAUCACAAGCGUCAGACUGACCCCGAAUUCCGCAAGUCUCUGAAGCGCAACAACCGCCGUCUCGCCAAGGUCGUCAAGGAAGAGGAAGCCGCCCAGGGUGCUGAGCAGCGCGAGGCCAUCAAGGCUGCCGUCCAGCGCGCCAAGCAGGAGGGAUUCCCUGCCGACCUUGAGGAGAAGGAGUCCUACUUCAUGAGCCAGGUCGCCAAGGGUGAAGGUCUCUGCGCCGAGGGCACCGACCAGAUCGAGGCCGCUCUGGCUUUCUACAAGGCUCUCAAGGUCUACCCCCAGCCCAAGGAUCUGAUCUCCAUAUACGACAAGACCGUGCCCAAGGAGGUCCUGGAGAUCUUGGCGGAGAUGGUGGCUAUGGACGCUGGUCUUAAGCUGGGUGGCUCGUUCACCGGCGAGGGCAGUGCCGACAACCACGGUGUCGAGUAA